AUGGCGUCCUGUCUGGCCCUGCGCAUGGCGCUGCUGCUGGUCUCCGGGGUUCUGGUCCCUGCGGUGCUCACAGGAGUUGGACCAAAGGGCAGCCGGCUUCUGUGUCACAGUAGCGGGUUUCAGGGACCCUGCACCCUGGACCUUCUGGAGCGUGCCCGUGGAUCUGUGAGAAAGGUGGACUGUAAGCGUGAGAGCAUGGCCUGGGGAGAGUUUCUGGGGGACGACAGCCCUGGGGAGGCCCCCUCGGCCACACCCUGGGAGGGGGUGACGUCCCUGUCGGCCCUGUCACCUGGGGCCCCAGCGCCUCCCGUUGGCUUUGCAGAUGAUGUUCCACAGGAGCCCGUGCCCACGCUGUGGAAUGAGCCGGCCGAGCUGCCGUCGGGAGAAGGCCCCGUGGAGAGCACCAGCCCCGGCCGGGAGCCCGUAGACACCGGUCCCCCAGCUCCCACCGUCGCGCCAGGACCCGAGGACAGCACCGCGCAGGAGCGGCUGGACCAGGGCGGCGGGUCGCUGGGGCCCGGCGCCAUCGCGGCCAUCGUGAUCGCCGCCCUGCUGGCCACCUGCGUGGUGCUGGCGCUCGUGGUCGUCGCGCUGAGAAAGUUUUCCGCCUCCUGAAGCGAAUAAAGGGGCCGCGCCCGGCCGCGGCGCGACUCGGCUGCA